UUCCACUAGCUGUUGUGUGGAAAGCGAACAACCCCUUUAAAAGAUUUCAUUUCAUAUUGCAUCUGUAUACAUAGAAUUAAUAGCUGAUUUAUCGGAGUGAUGGAAAUGAUACAAUGUGCCCUCCUUGGCAUCCCAAAAUUGUCUCGCCAUUUGUUAUAGGCAGCUAUAAGGCCUUCUUGCUUUCAUUUAGAAAAAGAAUUUAGACACAGAAACAAAAAAGCGGAAGGGCGUUCUUUAAUUUUUCAAAAAAAAAAUAUAUAUAUAUUUUCUUCAACACCCUUUUCAUGCACAGUACGCAUUCUGCCAGGAAGCUCAGAAAAGAGGAAAGCAUAUUUGUUCUGCUUUGGUAACAGAAGAGCAAGUUUUGAGAAGACUCUUUGGGAGAAGGCGAUAAAAAUAAACUUAUAUGUAAAGGCUUAUUUUAAGAAAACUCUGGAAAUUAAGGGUUAUGGAUAAAGGACUGAUUGAGGGAUUUCUCCUGGUUUUCAGUGCAGUUUAUCCAGGUUUUUGUCAUACAACAUGGAAAGAUGAUCCCGUGUAUUUCCCAGAACAGAUUACAGCCUGGAAAGGUUCCUGUGUGCUGAUACCAUGCUAUGAGAAAUAUAACAGUCGUAUCAAAAACUUUCUAUGGUAUCAUAACCCAGUGUAUGAUAAAAACCAAUCCAAAUGGACUGGGACAAUUGUUUAUCAAAUGAAAGAUUCAGUGAAUGUGGAAAGUCAUAACAUGAGGACUUCCAGGUAUCAGGAAUCAGGAAAAUGUGGAAUUGUACUGGCAGAUGUGCAGGAAGGAGACAGAGGGAUAUACAAGCUGAGGAUAGAUUAUGGAGAUAAUUUGUGGAUGACAAAGAAGAGUGUGUCUCUGACUGUCUCUGAUUCUACGCCAGAAUUUAUGAUCAAACCUGUGGAAGUGGGGAGAGAAUCCCAGAAGCUCACAUUGUCCUGUUAUAUUAAUUAUUACUGCCCUGAUGAUUCCAUAAGACUGUCCUGGGCUGGAGAUGUGAAAGGCGACGAAAAGCAAAUCUUUCCCAAGAUCAAGGAAUCAUUAGAUAAUAAGGAGACAAUAAGAACAGAGACAACACUAUCUUUUAACCCAAUCUGGACAGAUCACAAUAAAACAAUAGAAUGUGUCCUUACCAGAGGGAAUAAUAAAGUCAGUAAGACUGUUGUGUUGAAUAUACAGUAUCCUCCAAAGAACCCGGAAGUUGUUCUUCAGCCAAAAAAGACAUCUUAUGUGGAAGGGAGUAAUGUUCAAUUAAGAUGUAGUAUCAACAGCAGUAACCCCGAAGUAUCACAGAUCACAUGGUUUAAGGACGGGAACUCGUGGGCCUAUGAGAAAGGAAACAACAAGCCAAAUGAUUAUAUUAUCAUUGAUAGAAUCAAAGAAGAGCAUCGUGGAAGUUACACGUGUAAAGCUGCAAAUAAAAUAGGUGAUACUCCUUCCAAGCCUGUUUUCAUAAAUGUCCUCUAUCCUCCCAAGGAUGUAAGAAUUAAACCCCAAUCCCCAGUAGUGGAAGGAAUUUCUGCAUCGUUACACUGCUCAGUAGGAAGGAGUAAUCCGGCAGUCAGUGAAUAUCGCUGGUACAAGGACACAGUCCUACAGUCCUACAGAAAUAAUCAGAUUAAGUUUCCAGGAAUAAAAUGGACGGAUUCUGGCAACUAUACAUGUGAGGCAAGGAACGACAUCGGGAAUGUCCUGUCUCAACCAGUUCCACUCAAUGUAAUGUACGCCCCUGUGAAUAUAAUGAUCUCCUGCACUCCAUCCAACCCGGUGCCUGAACACACAAAGGUGACAUUGACUUGUAAGGCCCAAGCCUAUCCCACAACCAUUACUUACGCCAUUUACAAAGAUGGAGUCCUUCUCCAGGAUUCCCAGAGUUUGGUUCUGCAUGAUAUUCAGUUAAAUAAUAAGGGAAAAUACUAUUGCACGGCAAGAAAUGUUUUCGGGAGACGAACUUCAGAUAUUAUCGACCUAAGUGUUACAUCUGAGUGGAUCCAGGGUGAUCCUGAUGAUGAUGAUAAUGCAGCACCACCACCUGACCAGGCACCACCACCUCACCGGGCAGCGCCACUACCCGAACGGGCACCACCACCGGACCAGGCAGCACCACCACCUAACCAGGGGCUCAGUGUAGGCACUCAGACUGAGAAUGCCCGUUAUGACCACACUGAGCUCCUGGUCACCCUGAUCCACCAAGUGAAUGCCAUCAGGCAGGAACUUGCGGAGGUCAGGGAUAUUGUGGAGUCCCUGCAGAGGGUCAUUGCUCCUCCUUCUCCUCCUCCACUUGCGUAUGAUUGCUGGAACAAGCCAACUCACAGCAGAAACCUGUUUGCUCAGCCAAGAAUUGAUGGGGACAGGAACUUUAUAAGGCCUCCUCCCAAAGCUGAUUGGAGGAAGCCAUCCACAAAUGAAGCUCUGUUCUAUGGUAUAACCUCAACAGUCAACUACAUAAGAUGUAGCUUUGGGAUCUUGCUUGUCCUCAUCAUCUUCCUCAUUGUGGGUUUCCACUUCAGAGACUGGAAGAAUAAAGCCACAGAUGAUGAAACAGAGUCACAAUACAUUAAUAUGAAUCAGGAAACACACUUUACUUUGACCUCCUUCUCUAAAUAUUAUCGCAAAAAUUUCUCUAGGUUCUUUCUCUCCUCCACAACAAAGACUUUAGGACAGCAAUGGACCUUUCCAAAGAACAUGAAAGCAUUGAGAGGUUCCUGUGUAGAGAUCCCCUGUUCUUAUACUCGUCCAGCAAGUCUGAAGCCUCCCAAUGUGAUUUGGUAUCUGUUUCAUAGUUACAAUUAUAUUAAGGUAUUUGACAGUCAGAACUAUAGGACAGUCUCGGCUAAUUACAGAUCCCGCACAAAACUUGUGCUAAAUGCACUGAACAGCUGCACUCUGCAUAUAUCCAAUGUGAGAAGUGAAGAUGAAGAUUAUUACUACCCAGGAGUAGAUGAUUACAAUGCGUAUGACCUCAGUAGUAGAACAGUGCACCUUAGUAUCACAGAUACCCCUAAUAGGCUAAAUCUUCAAGUGCCAAGAGAAAUGGCUGAAGGAACCCCUAUUACUAUCAGAUGCUCAGUAGAACAUAGCUGUGGCUCCAUUCCUCCAACUCUCCGGUGGAACAAGAGGGGACAUCUCGUUAGGACAGGACAACAACCUCUCUCAGGAGGGACAUGGGAAGCAAUAUCAGAAAUAGCAUAUACUCCUUCAUAUGAAGAUGAUGAAACUGAAAUACAAUGUUCAGCCACUUACCCUAAUGGGCAAAUCACCCGUCAAACAGCUACACUCAACAUUAAAUAUCCCCCAAAGAACAUAAAAGUUCUGAUCAGACAGAAAGAGAUACAAGAAGAAGAUGAUGUUACGUUAUCGUGCUUUAGCAGUUCCAAGUUGGAGAUAAACAGAUAUGAAUGGUUCAAGGGAGUUGAAAAGACCAAGUUACCAGCUGAAGGCAAAGAACUUACAGUGAGGAAUGUGAGCUGGGUCACUGACCCUUAUUCCUGCUCAGCAUGGAAUUCCCAAGGAAGGGCAGAGUCCGCUCUCACUCUUAUACCUGUACAGUUUGCCCCUAAGAAAGUUCAAAUCAUUAAGGUUGAAAAUCAAGAUGGAAGUGUUGAAUUAAAGUGCAAUUUCUCAAGCAGCAGCCCAGGUGUGACUCACUUCACAUGGCUGAGGAAUGAUGUCCCUUUACUAACUCAGACAGAACCAAUCAUAAUACUGGAAGAUGCUGAUGAAAACUCAGGGAAAUAUCAAUGUAUUGCUCACAACAAGAUUGGAAAUUCUUCUUCUGAUAAACAAGUUUCCAUUCAAUUUCAAGGAGAAACUGCUGUUGACUUGGCCAUGGUGCUGGGAAUCGCUGCAGGAGUUAUUGCUUUCGUGUUAAUAAUCCUAAUAAUUUACGGCUGUAUAAGUAAAAGAAAGAAGUCACCUCAAACUGACGCAAUCUUUGGGUCCAUUCCUGUGCCUAGUAUGGCUGAAGCGCCCCCCUUCAAAAUGGAUGAUAAUGUAUAUGACACAAUAAAUGAAGGCAAAUACCGCGUGACAUCAGACUCGGGCUCCACAAGUCCAUUGUAUUCUUCAUCAAGAAAAUCCAAAUUGCUUAAAAAAGAAGAUGAAGAUUUUUAUUACUACGCUGCUGAUAACAAAGGGCAGGAGGAGCCAGAGGAGGUUGAAUAUGCUGCAAUCGGAUUCUCCCAACAUAACCAACCUAAUGAAGCAUCACAGCAGGACGGCCACCAUACAGAACACGCAGUAUAUGCCAUUCUAAAAAAUUAGCCACUCGGAGACUCUUGAGACUAAUGUCCAUAUGACAACAAUGCGUGUGCAGAAAAACAAAUGUUGGUGUCUGUGAUAGGUCACAUAGAGAUCCGACCAAAAAUUGAUAGAUUAAAAUUGAAAUACCUUUAUUUAUAUAAUCA